AUGGAACUCUCAGCGUUGCAAACGUGUGCUCUUCAACCGCGAAUUGAAUUUGAAGAUGAUUCAGACUUUGGCGGACACAAUAACCUGGCCGAAGGGUGUUCAACCGCAAACAUCAGCAAAUCAUCCUAUGCCCCUUCGACGUACGGCCCUCGGACACCAAGUUCUGGUCGUUCUACCCCUAUCCGCUCGGCCUCACUAGACUAUGCCUCAUCAUUUGCGACGACUAUUGACACGCCAUUAGACCUCACUCCGCCCUCUUCCACAACUUCGACCUAUUUCUCGACAAGCAUGAAGGUUUCGAGCCAGACGACGGACUUUUUGUACCCGGACUUAUCAUUCACUCCUCCAAGAGGACAGCUGGACUUCUCUGGACACACGUUCGGCAAUUGUGGGACUCAGAUCGCGUCACCACAGCCUACGAACUCCGUAUUCUUUAUCAACAACUAUGCUUCGCAGUCCUUUUCAGUGCCAACGGCUAUUUUUGGGCAUGUAGACCAGCUAUCGGAUUCCCUCUGGGUUCGGACCGACAGCCCGAUCAACUUCGAAGAGCGUUCUCUUCCCAGGCUGAUGAGACCAGGCGUGUCAACGGUCAAGCUCGGAAAUAGCACGGAUGACAUAAUUUCCCCCAUGUCUUCCUCAAAUGUGUCAAGAAGACGAGCGAGGAUAGGAGAGGCACGGCUGCGGUCCACGGCUCUGCAGCAAGCCCAGCAGACAUCAUCAACGCUCAGCACGGCACAAAUCCAGUUCAAACCAGAGUCAAAUGCCAAGAAACCCCAUGCCCUUGUCACAGAAAGCGGCUGCGUAACUAUCGAGAAUAUCCAGACGGGUAAAUUCAAGUGUCCCUAUGAGGGAUGCAAGACGAGGCCUUAUCGUCGGAACGAGCAUCUUAAGAGGCACAUUCAAUGCGCCCACAAAGGAACCCUCUACCCCUGCGACUGGUGUCCCAAGGUGGUCAACCGCAAGGACAACUGGCUCUCGCACAUCAAGCUACACACGCUGCCUCGCGGUACGGCUGGGCGUGUGCGGUACGAGGCUGGCGCCGUCAAGCAGUAUGAGGAAGAGAUGCGGCGGAUUCAUUCGCGGAGGGGGAGCGCGAAGACGAAGAAACGGUUGGAGACUACCGCUGUUGUUGAGAGGAUGCAUGCUGAUGGGGGACAGUCGAACUAA